AUGGAGUCGACCACCCCAAUGAUGGAAAAAGCGAUGGACAUCAACCUCGUCGAGGUUGACGAGAAGGCGGACAAGCGCAAUGAGUCUGCUGCUGAGAUCGCGAAGACCACUGAGACCGAAAUGGCGGCUGAGAAGCCUUCCGGCGACAAGGACUCGGCUGAGGCGAACGAGUCCAAGAAAACUGACGAGGAGCCGGUCGAGGUUGAGAACCCAAGCAGUAAUUAA